UCUUCAAGAACGCCCCAGGAAUAGCAUCAGAUCCUCUGCUCCUCAUUAAGUACUGAAACAACAAACAAUAAUUAAUGUGUGUGUGUCACUAAUUCCAAUCAUCCCAUCUUCCUUCUUCCUUCCUCAUCUCUCUAGGAAACAUCAAAACAAGUCUCUUUUUUUUUUACUCCUCUUCUCUGGUUCUCAUUUUCAUCAAAAAAUGGGGUUAUCAUCAAGUAAACCACAAAGAUAUGAUCAAAACCCAUCUCCAUCUCUACUCCUUUCUUCUUCUUCCUCUUCAUACCCAAACCCCCCUAAUUCACUCCCUUCAACUUCCUCUUCCUCUUCCUCUUCCUCUUCCUCCUCCUCUUAUUCUUAUUCUUUUCCUCCACCAUCACAACCACCACCACCAAAUUGUUACAGCUCUUACCCUCCUCAAACCCCUCCUCCUCCUCCAUAUAAUAAUUCACCACCCCCAUAUCAAAAUCCCCCACAACUAAAUCACUACCCUAUGUAUCCUCCUCCACCUCCAUAUUAUCAGCAAAAUCUAUAUUCUUAUAAUCAAACUAAUACUAAUCAGUGGCAACAACCUUGGAUUAGACCUCAUUGGAUGAUGCCCCAACAACCUAUACAACAAGUACUACCAUUAGUACCGUAUCAAGAAGCUAAGAAAAUUAGGAAUGAUGUGAAUGUUCAUAAAGAUACUAUCAAGAUUCAGAUUGAUGACCAUAACCCUGAUUAUCAUUUGGUCUCUUUCACUUUUGAUGCCCUUGUUGAUGGAAGCAUCACCAUUUUUUACUUCGCCAAGGAAGGUGCCAACUGUCAAUACUCUCCAUUGUAUCCCGAUGCUUGUAUGCCUGUUAGAGUCCUGUUUCAGAAAGGUGUAGGUCAGAAAUUUCAUCAGCCUUCAGGAACCGGUAUCGACUUAGGUUUCUUCGAUUUGGAAGAUCUAUCAAGACCGUCUCCAGGUGACCAGGUGUUCCCGCUUGUAAUAUAUGCCGAAGCAUGCCAACCACCUUUGCCUAUGAUUGAAGAUUCUGACCAUCCGCUACCCAGUACUUCUCGUGCACAAAUUUCUGAAGCUGUCCUUGAGAAGAACAACCAAGGUGCCUUCCAGGUUAAAGUAGUCAAGCAAAUAUUGUGGAUUGACGGGGAGCGCUAUGAGUUGCGUGAGAUCUAUGGGAUUGGCAAUUCGACAGAACCGGACCUCGAUGAUAAUGAUUCAGGGAAAGAAUGUGUAAUUUGCAUGACUGAGCCAAAGGACACAGCUGUCCUUCCUUGUAGACAUAUGUGUAUGUGCAAUGAGUGUGCAAACGAGCUGAGGCGCCAAACGAACAAGUGUCCCAUAUGUCGUCAACCCAUCGAGGAACUUCUUGAGAUAAAGGUGAGCAAACGUGAACAAUGAGAUUCAGGACUGCCAAGGUUUUUUCACAUUCUUUUUUUCUUUCUUUCCAUGCUUGUUAUAUAUACACAUGUCUGUUCUCCAAAGAGUUAUAUUGUUAUAAUUACCCUCGAGAAAAACAUCUCAAUAGAAUUAUUAUGAUAUUUCUUACCAGCACUGCUAUUAAACACAACAAGUGUAUCUCAAUUUCCAGUGUUUUGUUGAAGGAAUUUCGAUUGUAUAUACCAACAAAAUUAGGGUGGACACUGAAAAUAACUUUUAUUUUGUUUGAAUAUUCAUCUUCUAUGUUAGUGAG